CAAACAAUGGCUUGGCAAAAUGUCAGCUAAACAACGAGUCGUUUUGAUCGUGUGAAAAUGCGCUUUAAAAUUUCGUUAUCAAAAAAAGAACCCAACGCACCCGCGGUCACAUGUGUCGGAUGGCGAAAUACAGAGGAAGUCAUCUCUGCAGGCGACGAUAAUCAGCUUUUGUCCUGGACCGUAUCAAACAGAGAACCAAUUAAAAUAACAGAAUUCGGUCCAGAUUUGAACCCGACAGAUUUGCAUUUUAUGCCGCGCGGAAAUGUCGGCGGAACGGCCGUCAAACAGAACGAUUUAAUACUUUUAACGGCCACCGACGGAAAAUUUUACAUCGUCCACAGGAACGGAAGGUUCGAGAGGAGUGUCGAGGCACACAAGGGAGCUGUUCUGGUCGGCGCCUGGAGCUAUGACGGCAACGGAUUGUUAACAGGAGGUGAAGAUGGUUUUAUCAAAAUUUGGUCCCGCAGUGGAAUGCUUCGUUCCACUUUAGUUUCCAGCGAUAGUUCUAUUUAUGCUGCCGUCUGGUCAGGAGACAGCAAAUGCGUUGCCUAUACCCAAGAUAAACAGAUUGUGAUAAAACAUUUGGCACCAAAUAUCAAGCCCGAAAAGUGGAAAGCCCAUGAUGGACUUGUAUUGGCCUUAGCAUGGAGCGAAGUGAAUGAUCUAAUAAUUUCAGGGGGUGAAGAUUGUCGUUAUAAAGUUUGGAAUUCACAGGGUCAUCAGUUAUUUUCGAGCACUUUACAUGAUUACCCAAUAAUGUCUUUGGCAUGGUCUCCUAAUGGAGACGUUUUUGCAGUGGGCUCAUAUAAUACUCUUCGAUUAUGUGACCACGCUGGGUGGUCUAGAUCUUUGGACAAACUAUCUACGGGUUGUAUCUAUAAAAUGUCUUGGUCUAAAGAUGGAACUCAAUUGGCAGGAGCUUGUGCAAAUGGUCACGUCCUGUUCGCCCACAUUAUUGAAAAGCAAGUGAAUUAUUUCAACUUUGAAGCCGUGGUAACAGGCAGAAAAACCAUAUCUGUCAGGGACACCACCACUGACGCUCAAGAAUUGCUCGAGUUACCAGAAAGAAUUAUUCAAGUAGCUUUGAAAUAUUCCCAUUUGGUUGCGACGACACCUUCUCAAUGUUAUAUCUACAGUACCAGCAAUUGGAAUACACCCAUCAUUUUCGACUUGAAAGAUGGAUGUGUUAGUCUGCUGCUGAUGUCAGAAAAAUACCUCUUGAUUGGAGAACGAAACACAAUUAAUAUUUAUAAUCAUCAGGGCAGAUUAGUAGCUUCACCACGUUGGCCGAAUAUGAGACUUGAAAGUCUCACAUCUUCACAAAUUAGUUUAUCAUCUGAUACAUUUGUUGUAAUGGAUAUUUUGAAUUUGAACACCGUAUACAUAAUCGAUUUAGGAUCAAACAGAUCUAUUUCUGAAAACGCAGUUUCCAUACAUCAUGACGUCUCAAUUUGUCAAAUAAGUUUAAACCAAGCAGGUGAUAUACAGCAAAGGUGUGUGGCUAUAUUGGAUAAAAACAAAUGCAUCUAUAUCUGCCAGAUAAAAACACCUUAUAAGGAAUUGCAUAAAUUAGGAAGUCAAGUACAUUCUUUUCUGUGGAAUACGGAGCAAAACAUGAUUGCAGCUAUCCAAGAUACCAAUCUGGUUGUGUGGUAUUGUCCUACGGCUUGCUUUAAUGCCACUGCGCUUAAAUUCACCACGAAAGUGUACGAUUCAUACGACCUCGGCAGUAAUCCUAGAAUAAACGACUUUGUCGGGAAUUUCGUGACCAUACGUAGAGGUGACGGUGCUUUGGUAUCUGUAUGCAUCUCGCCUUAUCCAGCUGCCCUCAGUUCUUUGUUGAGAGGCGGUAAUCUAAAGGAAGCUGUUAACUUAUGUCGUAAAAUUAAUGAUAAAACGUUAUGGAUGUGCCUAGCCGUUUACGUAAUCAGUAAUUUGGAUGUUGAAAACUUGAGUUACUUAGAAGAAGCUUUUGCAGCAACAGACCAGUAUGAUGCUGUAGAUUAUGUCUUAAAUUUAAAGAAACAACCAACAAAAUCUCAACAAAUGGCUGGGUUGAGUUUACUUGGUGGUUCCAUGCAAAAUGCUGAAGCAAUUUUGCUCCACAACGGACAAGUUGCUCAAGCUAUUAUGAUGAAUGUACAAAUGUACCAAUGGAAUAG